AGGCAAGCAUGGAGCCAAGGAACCGAGAUUGCCUGAAAUCUCGGGUGCAGUUGUCAUGUUAUGGAAGGUGAAUUCUGCAUUAAGCCCUCUUACUAGUUGCUCGCGGCUGCCAUUUGUAAGCUUUGCCUUCCGAGUUUCAAGAUAAAGUACCCGGUAAAAGAUGCCGGUGAUGGGGAAGGAUUUCCCCACCAACUCCCGAUGCGAUUACCAUCUCACAUUGGGUAUAAGAAGGAACGACAGGUUGACGUUGUAGCGAACCUUGAGCUGUUCACGCAACGAACAACCUAAAUCCGGAGAAAAACUAUCUAUCCUCAUAACGCAACCCAGUAUUAGAACCUACUAUAUCUCACUUUGACCUGCGUCUUGACACUCCCAACAUGGCUCCGAAAGUCUUUUGGAUCGGCCUGGGGAACAUGGGCCGGGUAAGCCCCCAGGUGCCGAAUGCUCAGGCAAAGGCAACAAUGUUUUCUAACACAACGACUAGGGAAUGGCCAAGAACGUCGUGGAAAAGGCGGAGGUCGAACACCCCGUCCUCAUUUACAACCGCACUAAGCAGCGCUCCAUCGACUUCGCCGAGAAGCUCCCCGCCGGAAAGACAGAAAUCUCGGACUCGAUCCCUGAGGGCGUCGCCAAAGCUGACGUUAUCUUCACGAUCCUCGCUAAGGACGACAUCGUUGAAACCGUAGUCGACACGAUUCUGGAGGCGGGCGACGUCAAAGGCAAGCUCUUUGUGGAGUGCUCAACCAUCCACCCCGACACCACGGCACGCGUCGCCAAGCGGUUUCUGGAGCGCGGCGCCGAAUUCGUUGCCGCCCCGGUGUUUGGCGCACCAGCCAUGGCCGAGGUCGGGCAAUUGGUCGGCGUCCUCGCAGGUCCCAGGGCAUCAGUUGAGAAGGCCCGCCAGUUCUUUAAGGGUGUCAUGGCUAGAAGCGAGAUCGACAUGAGCGACGAGCCCUACGAGAAAGCGCUCACGCUGAAGCUCAUCGGCAACACCUUUAUUCUGAACAUGGUCGAACAACUGUCCGAGGGUUUGGUGCUGUCCGAGAAGUCAGGCCUCGGCACGCAGUACUUGCACCAGUUCGUCGAGAACAUAUUCCCGGGUCCGUUUGUGGCUUAUUCGAACCGCAUUCAGUCCGGGGCGUACCAUCGAAUGCCGUACCCGCUUUUCCCUGUUGACCUGGCCAGGAAGGACGCCAGGCACGCAUUUAGUUUGGCCGAGGCCUGCGGCGUGCGCAUGAGGAACCUUGAGGUAGCCGAUGCGCACCUGGCGGCAGUAAAGGAGCACGACGGGGAAAAGGGCGACAUUGCUGGGAUUUACGGCGCUCUCAGGGCAGAGUCGGGGCUGAAGUAUGAAAACAACUGAUGGUUGGGGCUGGCCGAAUUGGCGCGCGGCAGGUCCAUCGUGAGUCGGGCUGUGGGUUAGACAAAGUCUAGAGGAGUCCUAAGCAUUUCCAUUGCCGGCAAGUGAUUGGAGUUGAGGAGCUCGAACCUGGACAGGUGAUGGCGAGACUCAAAUACGGAUUACCUUGGUUUGCUCCGUAA